AUGUCCUUGCCUCCAAGUGCUCGUCGUGUGGCCGCACUUCGAGAUCUUGUCAAACAAGCUAGGGACAAGGAAGAUUCUAGACGCACUGCUCAGCGUGACAAACGCGCACGAGUUGGGCAUCAAGAUGUUCAAGAGGUAUCUCGAAAUAAUUCCCCAGAUCCGCUGCAGCCUCCUGACCCAGACGAGCCUCCACACCCAGAUAAACCCCCAGAUCCACCGCAGCCUCCUGACCCUGACAAACCUCCGCACCCAGACGCACCCCCAGAUCCACCGCAGCCUCCUGACCCAGACGAACCAAAUCAGCAAGGUAAUCUAUGUGCGCAUCGUUGGCUCAAGCAAGUCGAGAGCAACAAGACAACAGAAGAAUUUUGUGUUUAUUACGGGGAUCUCUCUGCGGACCAGCGCAAGGAAUACGAUAAUGAGGCAGCAGAGCUAGUUGCCAACAACGCUUGGGACAAGACAGUCUACGAGGGCACAUUGCAUUAG